AUGACCGCCCACCUCGUGAGCGUCUUGCUCUCCAUCCGCUAUAGGCAAGAGCCACCAACACGCUGGGACGCCCGUCCACGCUCAAAUCGUUUCCUACGGAACAUCACCCUCACUACUUCUCACUCAUUCAAAAACCACUGGCUACCGGACGCCUCGGGUGCACUCACUCACUUGGCCAUAGUCUCAACCCUUGUCUCAUCGACAAUCUUUCUUAGAAGACGAUUCUCACCAUCACAAUCACCGUUGUGGCCGGCACGAUCUUGUCAGUACAACAGCCGCCAGCAGACAGACUUCAAACGUCGCGCCAACAUCAUGACUCACCUCACACCCAUCUUGUCACGCAAACACCUCUUGCCAGUCGAUGAAGUAGAGCCCAACAUGUGCGACACCAGAUCUAAAAAGCGUCAACGAACGACAUCACCAAGAGGGAUCAAGUCGUCAGAUCUCCAUCUCUACGAAAAUGCACCGCCAACACCACCAAUAAGCGCGGAGGGGACAGCUACCAUGGCGCUGAAGCUCAUCAUACCGCAAGAGGAGACAGGACGAGAACAGCAGAGAAAAGCCAACCGACACAGAGCCGAUGCGGAGCGUUGGAAACCCAAGCUCCAACGACCGUUUCCUAGGAUGACUGAGGUCAAGCAGGCAUACCCACUCAAACUUAUGCGACACUAUCCUAACACAUCUGGAGCCACUGAGACGAACUUUCACAAGCCGAGGAUUGACACAUCGCCCCGUGUAUCUCGUCUAUUGGAGCAGUUCCCAAUGAUGGUUACCACCCAGCCCGUGAGAAGCAAAGAGGCAGCCAGCCUUUCUAGCCCAUUUACUCCUCCGGAUCAGGCCAAACCAUUGAGCUGUCGCCGAGAGGAAUUGAUAGAGGCAUGUAGGAUGCACGCAGGAUUGCAGACGAACAGGCACAUCACGGAGACCGAACACGCCCAGCGGCUAGCUUGGCAAGCCUUCUCGCAGACUGAGCAGGACCGCAUCGAUCGUGGUCGUGAGGCGAUGAUGCAAUCCGGCCUACCUACGGACGAUCUAUGCCGGGAGGUCUAUGGCCAGUGGAACACGUUGCCGGAGUGGAAGAAGUUCAGAACAGGACACUUUGCCAAAGAGCAUGGAGCAGGUAGCUAG